CGGAAACCCGCCGGCCAUGGAGCCAGGUCUCGGCGGCCGAGCCGACAAGGUCCCCUCUGACUGCGCCGCAUCAUGCGCCUCAGCCUCUUCCGGCGCCUUCUCCUGGCCGCCCUGCUGCUCUUGAUUGUCUGGACGCUCUUUGGGCCCUCGGGCAUCGGGGAGGAGCUACUGAGCCUCUCGCUAGCUUCCCUGCUGCCGGGCCCGGCCUCGCCCGGGCCGCCCCUGACCCUGCCCCGCCUCCUGAUCCCCAACGAGGAGGCGUGCAGCGGUCCCGGCCCCCCGCCCUUCCUGCUAAUUCUGGUGUGCACGGCCCCGGAGAACCUGAACCAGAGAAACGCCAUUCGGGCCUCGUGGGGCCGGCUGCGCGAGGCCCGAGGGCUCAGGGUGCAGACUGUCUUUCUGCUGGGAGAGCCCAGCUGGGGCUCGCGCGGGAACGACCUGGCGCGGGAGUCAGCGGCCCAGGGGGACAUAAUGCAGGCAGCCUUCCAGGAUUCCUACCGCAACCUCACUCUCAAGACCCUCAGCGGGCUGAACUGGGCCGACAAACACUGCCCCGUGGCCCGUUACAUCCUCAAGACCGACGAUGAUGUGUUCGUCAAUGUCCCCGAACUGAUAUCAGAGCUGGUCCGGCGAGGAGGACGCUGGGAGCAAUGGGAAAGGGGCAUGGGGCCCCCGAGAAAGGCAAAAGUUGGAGAUGAAAAGUGGGAAGGAGACGCCACCUUGGCGAGCCAGCCCGUGCCUCUCUUGUACCUGGGCCGUGUACAUUGGCGGGUGCACCCCUCUCGGACACCAGGGGGCAAGCACCAGAUAUCAGAGGAACAGUGGCCUCCCACCUGGGGCCCCUUUCCCCCCUACGCCUCAGGCACGGGGUAUGUGCUAUCGGCUUCUGCUGUGCAGCUCAUACUGAAGGUAGCCAGCCGGGCACCCCCUCUGCCACUGGAGGAUGUUUUUGUGGGGUUAAGUGCCCGACGAGGAGGCCUUGCCCCAACCCACUGUGUCAAGCUGGCUGGUGCCACCCAUUACCCGCUGGAUCGGUGCUGCUAUGGGAAAUUCCUGCUGACAUCCCACAAGUUGGACCCCUGGGAGAUGCAGGAAGCCUGGAAGCUGGUGGGUGGCUCUGACGGGGAAAGAACUGUACCUUUCUGCUCCUGGCUCCAGGGAGUCCUCGGCAUCUUCCGAUGCCGGGUAAUAGCCUGGCUUCACAGCUGAGAGGGCCUGGGCGCCCAGGAGAGGGGUGAGGAGCUGAGAGUCCAGCCAGCACCCUCACCACCUCCUCUCUCCCGGGCCCAAGGCAGGGGCUCUAGCUGGCUGCAACUGAUUGGUUGCCCUACACCAGAUGCUCAGUCUGUCACUGAAGACUGAGGGAUACAGGAGACACCUAGGGGGCUGCCUGGCCUGCCAGACCCAAAGAUGGUCAUCAGGAAGACCCGCACAUGCUGGGUUGUUCUCUCCAGCCACGGCAGGGGAGGGGCACAAGCCCCUCAAUAAACUUGUCUCUCUUCCUCUU